GAACGAACAAGCGAAUGAGCGACGUCGGUGGCGGCGAACGCGAGGCGCAUGUUUACAGACAGACCGGACCAAAAAACUCGAAAUUACCGUAAACAGUUUUAGUUAAGUCGCGAACGUUAGUGCCAUUAGUUGGCUUGGCGCUCUUGGCUCUUGGCUCUUGGGGUUUACUUUUCUCCUCUUAUAGUUGCGAUCGAGAACGCGGGCGCGCGCGCGUGAUUUCUGUCUGUCUGUCCGUUACGAGUUGGUUGAUCGAGAUCGUGGUGGAUUUUCAGUUCGUUUUCGGCGUUAGAUGGAUUAAGGUUCGCGAGUGCGAGAGAGCGCGUGGCGUGUCGGUAUAGAUAAGCACAGGAAGACAACUGUUUCGGUUCGGUGGUUUCUGCAGACCCGUCCGUCGGAAGAAGCUUAGAAGAUUGAUCUAGUGGUGUUGAGAUUCUAUUUCCAUUUCGGUGUGUUAAUCUAUCUGGGAAGAACGGAAGAGAUCGCAUUCGCAAAUUGAUGGUGUGGCAGAAAAAGCUUCAAAAAUUUGGCGACAUUCUGUGAGAGUGAUAUUAGAUAAGAAGUCUUAACGUGCUUUUAAAAAGUGAAAGAUCAUAACGAAAACGAAGGAUAUCCAUUGGAAAAUCAACUGAUUUGCGUCUCGUAACUUGGUCGAAAUCAAUGUAAGAAGAACAUUGAAGUGGUCCAAAAGUUGUGAUUGCGGAAAACAAAACAGUUCGAUUUAAAAGAAAUUUUCAACUCUAACCCCCUCACGUGCUUCAAUUAAACGGAUCAUUCCUGUUGUCAAAACCAGCGGCUUGAAUAAGCUUAUUAAGCCAGUGCAGUGUUGUGUGCAAAGUGAUCUUUUUAUUCCUCUCAGAAGAAACCCAGCUGUGCAGUGUGUGUGGCAAGUGACAAGUGCAGCAAAUCCGCAGUUAGCAACAGAAACAGCAGCAGCAUCCAGCAGUAACUGCAGCCUCUCAUCCAAUCGCGAUGGAUUCCCUGCUACGCUACCGCCGAAUGCCGUUUCCCAAAAGAUAUGCAGAAUUCGUGGCCCUGAUUGCGAUCUCGUGCACCCUGUUCCUGUUUCUGCACACCCAGAGCCUGACGACGCGGCUCCGCGAAAUGGAAGAUAAAUUGCAGCCAUCGUCAUUAAUGUCAAGCAGCGGUUUGAGUGGUAAUUCAAUUAGUCAAGUUGCAUCGGCCGGAUCCGCCGCCAACCAGGGCCAUGGUCAGCCGCAGAACCAGCAUCGCGGACUGGUGGUGCCAGCGGACAGUAAUCUGCACCAGACGUACAACUAUCUCAAGAGCACUGGACAGAUGCAAACGCUCAGUGCUCGUGAUCUGAACAACACCCGUCGCGCUGAAGUCCCAAUCAUUUUCUUCAACCGAGUCCCCAAAGUCGGCAGCCAAACGUUCAUGGAGCUGCUCCGUCGUCUGGCCAUCCGCAACGAGUACACUUUUCACCGGGAUGUCGUCCAGCGCCUGGAGGUGAUCCGACUAUCCCCGGAUCGUCAACAGGAACUCGCCGAAAUGGUAUCCGACCUUCCAAUGCCGUCCGUGUACGUGAAGCACGUUUGCUACACCAACUUCACCCGGUUUGGCCUUCCGAUGCCCAUCUACGUCAAUAUGGUACGCGAUCCGGUCGAGCGAAUCAUCAGCUGGUACUACUACGUCCGAGCUCCAUGGUACUUCGUCGAACGGAAACAGGCCUUCCCCGAUCUACCACUGCCGGAUCCACGCUGGCUGAAGAAGGACUUCGAAACUUGCGUACUUCAGGGAGACCCGGAGUGUACCUACGCCCAGGGAGCUAUCCACGAAGGUAUCGGCGAUCACCGUCGGCAAACUCUGUUCUUCUGCGGACACGAUGAACAAUGCCUCCCCUUCAACAGCCAAGGAGCCCUGGAGCGUGCCAAAUACGCCGUCGAAAGCCAGUACGCCGUCGUAGGAGUCCUAGAGGAUCUCAACACCACCCUCGCAGUGCUGGAGCGAUACGUGCCCAAGUUCUUCUCCGGUGCCACCAACGUGUACUUCAACGAAGUGAACCUGCUGCAGAAGAUCAACAAGAACAACUUCAAACCCCCGGUCAGUCACGAAAUCAAGGAACUGGUCCGACGAAACUUCACCCGCGAGAUCGAAUUCUACCAGUUCUGCAAGCAGCGACUGUACAAGCAGUACCUGGCCACGCAGUUGCCACACAAGUGAGGUCCGUACCACCCGGCAGCCCUAGAGAGUUCUGAUAUUUUAAGUACGAGCUCCCGGUGAGUGACUCCACCCUGUUCGGAGUCCUCCGCCCUCCUCGUGAUACCGAAAGUUCCACCCAUUCCGUCGCACUCCAUGUCGUCGUCGUCGUCGUCGUUCGUUGUCUUCAUUUUAUCAUUCAUUGUUAUACCGCCACCACCACUCUGUCUUAGUAGCUAAGCUUGAUCAAUGCGAACGGAAAGUCGCGUACCAGAUUCCUUAUUAUUUAUGAACAACCGUUGUUGUAACCAACACGCAACCACAUUCACAUGCACCGAACCGAAUCAUUCGAAUUAUUUAAGUAAGUUAUCUCGACAAAACCAUGAUUAUCGUUAGGUUCAAGUUUUUAAAAUUGCCGUUGUGUUACAAAAGAAAAAUCCAAGUUGAAUGUGAUAAGUGAUUGUGCGGAAAAAAGGGAUGAACGAGUGUACAUUACUAUUGGAUAACUAAUUUCUAAAUUGAUUGCGUGCUGAUGAGAGACCUGUGUAAGAGCGUUAGUGAGGCAUACCAUUGAUGAAGCAGAAUGCACCGACAAGCCUUUUUGGAAGCGAAACUUGAUGUUUUAGGAAGGAGAGAUUUUUAAGUGAAACUGUUAGUAGACUAGAAACGAAGUAGAUUGUAGAGCAAUUGUAGAAAGUAUUAGUACACAUUAACUUAUAAAUGUUACUUAAGUACUGUGAAAUGUUGCUUUUUCAUCGC